GCAAAAACGAAUAAAAAGCAGACAGAAAGAGGGAGAGAGAGAGAGAGAGAGAGAGCGAGCAGCGAACGCACUACGACGUCAAUGGUGGUUUAGGGUUUCAAAUUGAUUACUCAGACAUCCGAAAUUAAACCUCUUUUUCUUAUCUCUCCUCCAUUUUUCUCUCUCCUACUCCUCCCAAAUCUUAAUCCCACUCACUCCACCCAAUUUCAAUUCAGUUUCUCUAGUCUCUGUACUCCGAGAAUCGAUACGGUAAAAAACGGAGGUGCGAUGGGUGCGCAAGACAAGUUACCCAUGGAAAACACUUCGCUUCAGCGUGUUAAAGUCUACCGUCUAAGUGAUGAUGGGAAGUGGGAUGACCAGGGAACUGGGCAUGUUACUGUUGAUUAUUUGGAGCGAUCCGAAGAAUUGGGUUUGUUUGUUGUUGAUGAAGAAGACAAUGAAACAUUACUUAUGCACCGGAUCAGUUCAGACGAUAUUUAUAGAAAGCAAGAAGAUACAAUAAUCUCUUGGAGAGAUCCAGAAUAUUCAACCGAACUGGCUCUGAGCUUUCAGGAGCCUACAGGGUGCUCUUACAUAUGGGAUCAAAUUGGUAGUGUCCAAAGAAAUCUGAACUUUAAUACUCUUAGCAAUGAUAGUUAUCAUGGUGGCAACAAUGAAUUAAGGGAGUUGCCUGCAGUUGAGCUGUCUACCCUUCCUUUAAUCCUGAAGACCGUUGUUGAGAGUGGCAUUGCUGAUCAGAUGCGGAUAACAGAACUCAUAUUGCAUGAUCAAGAUUUUUUCAGGAAGCUGAUGGAUGUGUUUAGAGUCUGCGAAGACUUGGAAAAUGUUGAUGGUCUUCACGUGAUAUUCAAAAUUGUCAGAGGGAUCAUUUUACUCAAUAGCCUGCCGAUAUUUGAGAAAAUAUUUGGGGAUGAACUGAUCAUGGAUAUAAUUGGGUCUCUGGAAUAUGAUCCGAAUAUACCUCAUGUCCAACAUCAUCGCAGUUUUCUGAACGAGCAUGUGGUCUUUAAGGAGGCUAUACCAAUUAAAGAUCCGGUGGUUCUGUCAAAGAUACACCAGACAUAUAGAGUUGGCUAUUUGAAGGACGUCAUUUUGCCUAGAGCCCUGGAUGAUGCAACUAUUGCUAAUCUCAAUUCCAUAAUCCAUUCAAAUAAUGCCCUUGUUGUAUCUUUGUUGAAAGACGACAGCACAUUUAUUCAGGAAUUGUUUGCAAGGUUAAGGUCGUCUACCACUUCCAUGGAGUCGAAGAAAAAUUUGGUACUCUUCUUGCAUGAGUUUUGUAGUCUAAGCAAGAGUUUGCAGAUGGUCCAGCAACACCGGUUAUUUAGGGAUCUAGUUACUGAAGGGAUAUUCAGCAUCAUUGGUGAUGUUUUACAGAAUCAGGAUAAAAAGCUUGUAUUGAUUGGGACAGACAUCCUUAUUCUCUUCCUUAAUCAGGAUCCAAGUCUUUUGCGCUCUUAUGUCACUCGGCAGGAAGGGAUCCCCCUGCUCGGACUUCUGGUCAAAGGUAUGAUAACAGAUUUUGGGGAUGACAUGCAUUGCCAAUUUCUUGAAAUUCUCAGAAGCCUUCUGGAUUCUUAUGCAUCAGGAUCACAGAGAGAGACUAUAAUUGAGAUUUUCUACGAGAAGCACUUGGAUCAACUAAUUGAGGUUAUAACAUCAUCAUGCUCUCCUACCUGCAUUGGCCAAUCAGUCAGCAAAUCUGCAGACUCCAAUGGAAGCGCUGGAAUGAUCCCUACGAAGCCUGAAAUACUACUGAACAUAUGUGAACUGCUGUGCUUUUGUGUUUUGCACCAUCCAUAUAGAAUAAAGUGUAACUUUCUUCUUAAUGAUGUGAUAUAUAAAGUGUUGACCUUGACUCGUAGAAAGGAAAAGUAUCUUGUAGUUGCUGCUGUUCGAUUUUUGCGGACUCUUAUUUCGCGCAGUGAUGAACACCUGAUGAACCACAUUGUGAGGAACAACCUUUUGAAACCAAUUAUAGAGGCUUUUGUUUCCAAUGGGGACCGUUAUAACCUGUUGAACUCUGUUGUUCUAGAGCUUUUCGAGUACAUCCGGACGGAGAACUUGAAGAUGCUACUAAAGUAUUUAGUUGAUACAUUCUGGAAUCAGUUGGUUAAAUUUGAGAGCCUACCCGCUAUUGACUUUCUGAAAGUUAAAUAUGAUCAGUCACUGGAGAACUCUGAAACAAAAAGUCCCAUUAAUGUGUUGGAGUCUAGAAAACGGAUAGAUGAGCGUGCCUUGGAGAAAGAAGAGGAAGACUACUUCAAUGAAGACAGUGAUGAAGAAGAUUCUGCUUCUGUAUCCAUGUCCCGUCCCGUAAGCGUACAAUCUCAGCCUGUUUUAUCCAAUGGGUCCACUCCAAGCCGCCCAUCAUUAAGUCCAAGGUCUGGUGGGCUUGUUGAUUAUGAUUUUGACGAGGAUGAUGAAGACUACAAGCCACCGCCCAGGAAACAAUCAGAAAUUUCUGAAGGAGAUGAGGCAACGGUUGAGUCGUUCAGGCUGAAACGGAAGUUGGGUCCUAAGGAGGAGCCUGAGCUGAUGAUAAAGAAGCAACGGAUCGGUAAACACUCCAAGUCAAAAGACGGUGUAUUUGCUGCUUUGUGCUCAACUCUAAGUCAGGCAGUAUUGCCCAGUAAAAAAACAGCAGACUUGAAGAAUAGCUCAGUGGAGGAGAAACCCUCAGAGAAUGGUUCUGUGAACUGUUCUGAUAUAAGGGUUACAAGUUCCCAUGAACCGAAUCAUAAAGAUAAAGAAUCCACUGGUUCCAGAAGCUGCUCUGAUAGCUUCCAUAAUAAUCCGGACAAUAGACCGCUGAAUGGAGAGGACUGCUCAUUAAUACCACCAAGCUCCACACCAGAAAUGACGGUUAAUGGUUCAUAAGUUUGUUUAGACUUAUUUCUGGCAAAGCAAUUGAUCAUUGGUUACAAUUGGCAAAUGCAUGUUCUAGUCCGCAGUCAGCGUUUCUUCCUUGAAGAAAAAAGAGCAAAGAGUGUAACCGAGAAGAUGAAGAUGGCUGGUUUACAGCACCAGCCUAAAAAAUGGUGGGAGAGGAAAUUGUACAGUACCAUUAAAGCUGCAGGGAGAUAUUCACUCUCGGACUAUGGGCGCAGACUUCACCUUGUUUCAGUCUUUCCGAUGCUUUGAGCUACAAGUAUUUGUUGCUGCUGUAAAACGUUCAUUAGCAUUAUUUUUCCUUUUCCCAAUUUUCCUUUUGUUAUCUGUCUAAUUUGUGCUUCCACUCUCUUACAUAGUUAUAUGUGAACUGUAUUUUAUAGAGUAUUUCAUAGAUAGAGCGCCAGCGGUGACCUGUACA